ACUUCUAUGACAUUAGAAUUUGCGCCAUCCGACUGUACAGUGUACAGCACGGACAUCUGAGUACAGUACAGCCGUAAUCCCGCCUCGCAACGUCCCAGUUCGAUUUUUCCGUUCAUUGGAAAGUGCGCACACAAUGAAUUGAUUAUUGCCAAUCAUACGUCUGCCCUUUCCAAUAUCGAUCGUAAGAACAUGCACAUUUGCGCUCAUGUUGUACUCGUACGCAAUCGAUCGGCAAUUUUUCCUGCUUCCUCAUCAAAGUGUCCCGGUGCACAUCUGCUUUGAUGGCAGUUCAAAGAUUUACCUACUAUAUCGUCCGACAGGAUACGAUCAUGGACGAUGUCGAUGACGAUAUCUCCGAUCCACAUCUGAUCUGCGCCAGUGACACGCUGGAGAAGGUUCCGCUAGAGAUCUCGCAUAUUCCAUCCAAGUGUCCUUUACGCAAUGCCUCUCCUGACUGCUGGCAGUGGCAUCCUCCACGAUCCGCUCAGGACGUCCUGCUGUGUGACGAUCGGACCGUGAUCUUUCAUCCGUCGUGGAGUAACAGCACCCAAGCGGUCCGUGGCACACGGCAGCUCAACGGUCAGUUGUGCUACUGGGAAGUGGUCUUCGGCAGCCGCGUAUUCGGGACGGCCAUGAUGGUCGGCAUCGGGACGGCCGAUGCGCGCACCUCCUCCACCGUGUUUGAGCCCUUAUUAGGCAAUGAUGGCGAGAGUUGGGGACUGUGCCAUAAGGGAUUCAUCCACCAUCAGAAGCAGCAGCGGCGCUACUGUGAUCCUUUUGAAGAGAACACGCCAACGGUGAUCGGCGUGCUGUGCAAUGGAAUGGACGGAACGGUGACCUUUUAUAAAGAUGGUCACUCUCUCGGCGUGGCGUUUCAGGGUGUGAAUGAAUGCAAAAAAGAACUGUAUCCCAUGGCGAGCUCCACGGCCGCCAAGACGGUGAUGCAUGUGCGGAAUAUGCGACGCUGCUUCGGCGGACUGCAGGAUCGAUGUCGUGAUGUCAUUUUGCGCAGUGUCAAUGAGCCGGCGGAUGUGAUGCGCUUGCCCUUGCCCUACCAUCUACGGGCCUUCGUGUUCCAGCAUGCGUGGAAGACGGUAAAUAAAUCCUGUUUUGUGAUGGAAUGAAACCUCAAGAAAUCAGUUCAUCUUUAAUCGUGGAAAAAACUGUAUAUGUACUUUUCACAUUCCUUAUCUAGCGUGGUUCCAGCCUUUAUAACAUUUAAAUUUUUUCUUUUGUGGUACAAUUUUGUUGUACCUCCAUUUGCGUCAAUAUCAAGAUAUUUUGUAAUUCCUGCAUGAUAUUCUCUAUGGGAUGAGUGGGAUCUAGUCAAUUUGGUUCCAAAAGGUUGUUAUGUUGUCUCUAACUGAUACAAAUGUAAACCGCACCUUUGCGUGAUACAUUGCUUUUGUUGAAAGUAUUGUUGCUUGGUCUCCGUUUGUGAUGUGAGUGUUUACUUAUUUAUUGUGCCCAAAUUCAUUAAAAUUACUGUUG